AAGUUCCCCCGGUUAAAAUAGUUAGGCCUAUUAGUUUGCAUGUGAAACAUCCAAAAUUCUAUUAUUUCUCAGGAUGUUUCUAUUUAUUUUUCUCGUUCUUCCCAUUUUUGUAAACACAUAUAGUCCUGCAGUUUUUAUACUACCCAUGCAUAAUCCAUACAAUAUUGUAGAAGUUUCAGUUAAGGGCACACCAGGCGAAUCAACUUGAGCCAUUACGCUCAUUUAUAAACCACCAGUGCUACUUUGAACAUGAACACAGGAUUCCAGAACUAACCACAAGCGCUGACUACAUGCUUUUUUUAUUCACGUGUAUGGAGUGAAUUUAGUGCCAACAUUAUUUACACGUGUUUCACAACUCACACGUGUUUUGUGCACUGCAAAACACAAUUCACACGUUUUACGCAUUGUAAAACUGCAAAUCCUGUUUUACAAAUAUCAAACUAAAUAUCAAAAUACAAAUCUCAAGCUGUGGACACACGAAAUGUGUUUUACGCAUCACAAAACUACAAAUCCUGUUUUACAAAUCUCAAACGACAAAUUGCAAAAUACAACUCUCAAGCUGUGGACACAAAAACACAAAUCAUUUUGGCACUAUUUUUCCAUGUAGUAAUGGAAAAAAAUCCACACGUGUAUGCACCAAUCAGAGCUAUGGUACCUACAGCCAAUCAGAGGAAGAGGAGCUCACAACCAAUCAGUGAGCAGCAAGGAAUAGCUUUUUGCAGCCCAUACUUGGAGAGGACGGGAGCUGAUGAAGCAUGGCGGUUGCUUAGAAUGUGUUCCAAGACAACCAAGGAACCUCUGAAGAUCCUGAACCUCUCUGGGGAAAAGGUGAAAACUCUGGAGAUGCAAUGUACCAUUAAAAUCCUGGAUGAAUGCAUUUGGAAGAUGGAGACAGCAGUCCUCCUCCCAACCAUUCUGUUGAACGUGGAGAGGAAUUCAGCAGUGCUUUGGGGUGGGCUUAUGAGAGUACUACAGGGGCACCAGCUCUUAGAAGAAAGGUUUGCCACUCAGGAGUUAAGGUGGCAGAAAUUGCAGGGUGAGGAGGGGAAAAUCCAUCUGGCAGGGCUAGAACAGGCACUCUGUGGAUCCUUUCAAAAUGUCCUCCGCUAUCUGCGAGCCCACCCCUCUGGUUUCCAGGGGCUAAGCAGAGAGGCCACAGAUAAAGGAUCCCAGAAGUUAGUCGAGGGUCUAAAAGAGUUGCAGGGACUCCUCUGGGUUAGGCAGCUGGUUGGAGGAGGUCCCCCAGCAGAGGAGCAAGUUGAACGAGACAGUAAUCAGUACAUUGAUGAACUCUCUCUCAGGCAUCGUAAUAACAUGGAGGUCGUCUCUACACUGGAAGAAGAUGUGGUAGCUGCUACUAAAGACAAGGAUGCCGAGACUUUUAAGAAGAAUGAGGUCAUCCGUAAACUGAAGAGCUCCAUGCUCCAGAGGGAGAAGAUGUCAGAGGACUUUACGUUUAGAAUGCUGCAGGAUGUGGAGAACCAAAACCUGUCAUACAGGAAGACCUCAGAGGGCCGCCGGGCAAAUAUGCAGCAGGAUAUCAACCAGCUGUGUACACAACUCAAGAACUUGAUCACUAAGAACCGUGAGGUUGAGAUGACCCUCAGAAAGAAACGAAACAAGGUGGAGUCAGAAAUUGAGAACUGGAUCCAGAAGUAUGAUGCUGACAUGGGUGAAAAACAGAGAAUGGACCGAAAAAGAGAAAAUAUCCAGUGAGCAGCAGUUCUCUGGGCGAAAUUGCCUUGUUGAUGGCAGAGGUCAGAGGAGAAUGGCCAGACUGGUUCAAGCUGAUAGAAAGGCAACAGUAACUCAAAUACCACUCGUUACAACCAAGGUAUGCAGAAGAGCAUCUCUGAACGCAAAACAUGUCGAACCCUGAAGCAGAUGGGCUACAGCAGCAGAAGACCACACCGGGUGCCACUCCUGUCACCUAAUGAAGUGGCCGGUGAGUGAGUGUAGUGUAUAUAUAUAUAUAGCAAAGUGGCAGUGCUAAACAUUAAACCUUGAUCAUACUGUAAAAUGUCAUAUAAGAAUAACCGUGAUGCACAAGCAUUUUGCUUAAAAAGUUCUACUUCUUACGAAGUAUACUGCCUACUUAAGCAGGCGCUUAGUUUGCUUAUGCGUCGGGCCGGCCCUGCAUUUACCAGAACUGACAGUAUAUCUGAAAUCUAUGAGUCACACUCUAAUGUUAGAGGUUGUAAGAAAGCCAAGUUCAUACAGAAGAGUAUGUCAUAGCAUGACCAGUAAAACCAGUAAGUAUAUUCUUGGUGGUCUUUCGUUAUUGAUAAUAUUGUACUAUAAAGUAUCACCAUGUAUUAGUACAUAUGGGUUGUCUUAUCUAGAUUAAACUUGACAGAAUUUUAUACCAAAAGACAUACCUAAAAUAUGAUUAUUUAUUUCCAGACAAUCUUUUAGUAUGUACAAGUGAGAGAUAGGUCAGAAUUAUGUAUUUCAUCACAUCAUUACAAAAAAGACAUCUAGCAUUUUUCUUGAGCACUGUGUAUGUAGGCAGCAGGUCUUACAACAUUGUCUUGUCAUUUUGUGAAAAAGGUAAGCCUCACAGUAAACACCCCAUCUCAAGCACUAAAGCAAGACAGUCCAAAAAAGUGAGGCAAAUGAAAGGAGGACAAAAGGGGGGGGGCAGUAUAGAUUACUAUAUCACUGAAUAAGAAACUACAAUAAGAUAAAAGAUGGACAGGAGGUAAUAGAGAAAACAUUGAAUUUUGCCUAGUUAGACAACAACAAAACUGAGCACUGCAUGGGUAUCUGGAAAAUAUCAAACAACAAAGACAUGACAGAAUUAAAAUGUUCCUGAUGUUCCAUCUGCUCAUAGGUGCAGCUCUUAUAGUUAAAAGUAGGCCAAUUACAAAAAAGCAAGAAUAACAUCUCUCAAAUGUAUGUACAAGUCUAUUGCCUGAUGAUGCGUGAAGACCACACCUGUGCAGUCUCGUCCAAGUCAUCCUAGAAGUGUAAAAUGCACAAUUUUUAUCACCACUUUUAUCACCAUCACCUUUUACACCUUCACUAACUACAACAAUAAAAUGCUUCUAACACAUUUAUGAUUGAUCAUUAACCAAAUAAUAUAAUAUAUAGUGUGGCACCGUACUGGGCGUGACGGUGCAGGCGGGGCAGCACAGAAAUACACAGAUCGGAGGUUUGGGGAAAAAUAGCCCAGCAGGGCUCUUUAAUUAAACAAAAAUUAAGCACACCAACCAAAGCCGUACUCAACAACAAAAGUUUCUUAUUUAAAUUAAAUUAAAGUAACUGAAAUUAAGGUACUGAUGACCGGGAGACAGCUGAGGGGAUCCCACUUCAAAGCAGGAACAGGGAUGUGAUCCCGCGUCUCCGCUGGCUUCUGCAAAAAGGUAAAAAGUUACAAACAGAUCUUUAACAGCUCUGCUGUAGCCCAAAAACCCCCUCUGCUCAAGGGAGACAAAGGCCUCCUCUUAAGCUCCCAGCCCAUUUCCCUGGAGUGGCGGCAGCUGUGUUGCCUCAUUGACUUCAGGUGUGUUAAGUGCCAAUGAGGGAGUUGGGGAAUUUCCAGGUUGCCGCUCUCCAGGGUCCUGGGGCUGGGCUUCACAUAGUGGCGCUGUCCUGGGUCCUGAACAGCGGGCCUGGUGGCAGGUUUGAGCUGAUGCAUAUCAGGCUGGGAGGGGCACUGCGGGGGCAUGCCCCGAUCCACGCCACAAUAGUAAUACCUCACCGAAAGGAAUCAUUCUGUAUGUAGGUACACUAGGUCCGUCUGUGCCAUCCAAACAGAAAUGACUUUCUUUAAGGACAUUUGUCUAAACGCACAGAUAAAGUUGCUGUAUGCAGCAACCAAACUCUACCGAUUUACAGUGGCUGCAGAAAGUAUUCAGACCCCUUCACUUUUUGCACACUUUAUUGUGUUGUAGGUUUAAUUUUAAAUGGAUAAAAUUGCAAUUUUUGUCCAUAAAUCUACACUCAAUAACCCAUAAUGACAAUGUGAAAACAUGUUUUUAGAUUUCUUUGGCAAAUUUAUUAAAAAUCAAUAACUGAAAUCUCUUAUUUAUAUAAGUAUUCAUAUCCUUAAUUCAGUACUUGUUAGAAGCCCCUUUUGGCAGCAAUUACAGCUUCGAGUCUUCUUGGGUAAAUCUAUGCAAGCUUUGCACACCUGGAUUUGGGCAGUUUAUCCCAUUCUUCCUGGCAGAUCCUCUCAAGCUCCGUCAGAUUGGAUGGGAAGCGUCUGUGAACUGCCAUCCUCAGGUCUCUCCAUAGAUGUUCUAUGGGGUUUAAGUCUGGGCUUUGGCUGGGCCACUCAAGGACAGUCAGAGACUUGUCCUGAAGCCACUCCAGCGUUGUCUUGGCUGUAUGCUUUGGGUCAUUGUCGUGCUGAAAGGUGAACCAUCGCCGCAGUCUGAGGUCGCGUGCACUCUGGAGCAGGUUUUCUUCAAGGAUCUCUCUGUAUUUGGCUGCAUUCAUCAUUCCAUCAAUUCUGACCAGUCUCCCUGUCCCUGCUGCUGAGAAGCACCCCCAUAGCAUGAUGCUGCCACCACCGUGCUUCACCGUAGGGAUGGUAUUAGCCAGGUGGUAAGCAGUGCCUGGUGUUCGCCAGACAUAGUGCUUGGAGUUCUGCCCAAAGACUUCAAUUUUUGUCUCAUCAGACCAGAGAAUCUUUUUCCUCAUGCUCUCAGAGUCCUUUAAAUGCCGUUUAGAAAACUUCAAGCGGCCUGUCAUAUACCUUUUAUUCAAGAGUGGCUUCCGUCUAGCCACUCUACCAUAAAGGCCUGAUUGAUGGAGUGCUGUUGAGAUGGUCGUCCUUCCGGCAGGUUCCCAUCUCAGAGGACUUCCGAAGCUCUGUUAGAGUGACCGUUGGGUUCUUGGUCACCUCCCUGACUAAGGCCCUUCUUGCCCGGGUACUCAGUUUGGCUGGACGGCCAACUCUAGGAAGGGUCCUGGUGGUUCCAAACUUCUUCUAUUUCACAAUUAUUGAGGCCACUGUGCUCCUGGGAACACUCAAAGCUUUAGAAAUGGUUUUAUACCCUUGCCCUGCUCUAUGCCUCGCCACAAUUUUAUCGCGGAGGUCUACAGAGAGUUCCUUGGACUUCAUGUCUCGGUUUUUAUCCUGACAUGCAGUGUGAAUUGUGGGACCUUAAAAACACAGGUGUGUGCCUUUCAGUUUAUCAUAGAUUGUUGAUUUAAUUAUUGAAUCCUUAAUAUUUGUAAUUUUGAUUUAUCAAUUAAUGUAACAAACUGUAAUUUUAUGAGAUUGAUUUUUAAUUGUGCGGUCAUAUCACUUCGCCCAAUGGUGCCCAAUGUGAGAAUAUAGAAAUGUAAUCCCAUCAUAAGCCCCGUGUAAGGCUAUAUUGUCAUUUCCCCGACAUAUAUAAUGAGGAUUUUUAUUUAUUUCAUGUACUUUAAUUAGAUCUUUCUGAUUAUACGUGUGUACUUUUAAUGAAUUAAGAAUUUUUAAUCCAGAUCUUUUAUCUGUAGUAUUUGUUAAUUGUUGCAUUGCUACUUCUUGAGUAAAGGAUCUGAAUACUUAUACUUUCAUUGGCAACUAUUUUAGUAAUCAUUCAAGUUAUUUUUCAUGUUAAAGGUAUCAACAUAUCAUGGUUCCAGCUUCUCCAAUGUGAGGAUUUGCUGCUUUUCCUUGUAAUAUUUUUGAGAUUUGGACAAUUAGUUGGACAAAGCAGACACUGCGAAGGUUUCAUUUUUGGGCUCUAAAGUAACCUUUUCCAUAUAGGAUCUACGUACUUCUUCCACCACUGAAUUUUACCUAAAAUGCAAAAAACAUUUAAUACACUCUGUUGGGAAACAGACAGUUUUGUGUAUUCUAAGUCCCAGUUUGUGUAUUCUAAGUCCCGGAGGAAGGGCCACCCCCAUGACCAUAUAUGGGCCUCCAUUCCUGUCGGUUUCGAGGUUUCCCCUCCUGGGAAUUUCCACUGGUCCCCCCAUGACCAUUAUGGAUUUGAAUGGUCCAAUCAGAAGGAAGCACGGCCCCUUAUCACCAAUCAGAGGCAGUGCUCCCUUUCAACAAUAGAAUUCCACUAUAUGCAAAUAUCAAUCUACUGAGAACUGUAUAAAACUAAUUACCCACCAAUACCUUUUUGAACUUUCUCUCUGAGUUGUUCCCGUAGCCAGCUGCGUAAUAAAUCUUCCUGUUUUCACUACAAACUUUUGAUCUGCUUCUUCCUGGGAUAACGGCCAUUUUACCUGUUUUAGGUAAUAUCUUGAAAUAACCAACAAAUUGGCGCUGCGAGCAGGGUGGAUUCGUUUCCGGACCUCCGUGGGUUCCCCGACCGAUGCAAGAGGAGUGAGUACUUUGUUCUACCACCAUAUAUUUAGGCGAUUGGAAGGCAAACUAACGGAGGUCUGGAACGCUCCACCCAGUGGUACGUAACCUCUAGUAUAACUUGACUAGUGUAGAAGCAAUUAAUUGUUCGUAGUUAAAAGCUGCGUCUUUUUGUAACGUGUCUACUGUGAUGUUAUGUUUUAACUGAUUUUUGUACCAGCUACUGUUUCAGUGUACCAGCGCUGUAUAUGUUUUGGACUAUAGCUAUAUUGUGACAGGGUGAAGUUCAUCCUAACCUGAGGAGAGUGAGUUUUCACGCCAAAAAAGGUGAAUACGUGGUUGCGUAGCUGCGGCAGGCUGAGUUUUUGGCCCGCGGCCCAGAGUGACUCAUUAUUUUCACGCCUGGUUAUUAGGUCGUGGGACCUGAGAAGCGCAUAUCGUGUCUGUGUUUUCAUAUCCCGGGGAGAGUGAGUUUUUGCGCCCUGGCUCAGAGUUAAAGACAAGGGAGUGUCUCUAACUUGAGUAUUUGUGAGUACGUUACCGCGGCAGGUUGACAUUUCAACCCGCGGUCCAAUGUGACAAACUAUUUUCAUACCUUGGGUAGUAGGUUUAAAAAUACCUACGAAGCGUACUCUUGUUUGCGUUUUUAUGUCCUGGGGAGAGUGAGUUUUUGCGCCUCGGCCUAGAGUGAGAGACAAGGGAGUAGUCUCUCACUUAGGUUUUUGUGAGUUUGUGCUGAGGCAGGCUGAGUUUUUGGCCCUCAGUCCAGGGGACGAAGGUUGUACCAUACCUGGAGUAUUAGGUGAGCGGGCUAUUAUAGCCACUUUUCCUAAGAAGCUUACUCGUGUCCGACAUGAAUCACGUCAUUGUUGUGUUUUCGAUACUGUUUUGGGUCAUUAUUGUUGCGUUUGACAUUGUUCUGAGUCUUUAUUGUUUCGUGUUCAUAUUGUUCUUGAUUGUAUGUUAAGUGUUGGCCAGUGACGCGCAUUUAUAAUUAUAUAUUCUUAUAUCUAGAUACAGAGUUAGAUGAAAAAUGUGGAUCCUUAAAAGUCUUAAGUCCUAAAUAAGGUUUUCAGCAUUUAAGGUCUUAAAAAGGUCUUAAAAAGCAUUAAAUUUGAUUCCAAAAAAAAAAAUGCAGCAAUGUAUGUUUGUUAUAUGAAGUGUACACAAUAUAGUCGACAGAAUAUAUUACCUAAGUAAUAUAAUAGAAUGAUCAUAGAUAGUAGUAUAAACUGAUUGAGGUUCCGGUCUAAAAGCCUAAGGACUGCGGACACUAUAUGAAAUAAUGAAGUAAGGUUAAAAGAAUUUAUGAUAAAAUAGUAACACACAUAGGAAUGUCUCCUAUAUUCUGUGUAAUAUGAUAAAGUACAAGACACAUACUUUACUUGCCCUUAGCAACUCUCUUACACACAGGGAUGUAGCUACAGACAAGUAUUUUAUACCCAUGUACUAGCUGUUUAUUGUUAAUAAUGACUAAUCUACAGAUCUCUGAAGAGUUUUCAAUUGUGGGGACUAAAAAUGGUGAAAGAGAGAUUAAGUGAAGAAGAUUAGGAAGGCUUCUAUGUGUUCUCUGCUAGGGAACAAGGUGAGAAUGGGCCUUUAGAGAUACGCUGCUGUAUUUAGCUUAUGGUAAUUCAGGGAAUGAAUUGAGUAGAGACAGUGGUGAUUUCCUGACCGUGGUAAUUGAUGGUAGUCUUCCCAUUUUUAGAAACAAAGCAUUGUGGAGAAAUUGGUUAACCCUCCUGUUCUGUUCAUUUUUUAGGUACAGCAAAAAUGUUCCCGGGUCAAUCCCCAUACAGGGGGGGUUUGCAAAUACAUUAAAUGAACCAUUUUCAUUUUAAAUGUUGAUUACACUAAUUAAGGCCAGUAGAAGAAGUUUCAUACUGAAAAAAUAAUUUUAAGUAUUUUUCCUAGAUUUUCAAACUUUAAAAAGGGUCAAUUUGACCCGCAACAUAACAGGAGGGUUAAGCUUUGAGAGAUUGUAGUGAUCUAUUGGGCAUGGGCUGCAUAUAUAUUUUACGAAAUAGCAUAAGGACGUGGACACCAUAAGCCCCUAAAUAUUCUUAAUUUAUGAGCCCAAGAUAAGGGAGUAACAAUAAAUAAAUAAAUAAAAAUUUUUUUUAAAAAGGUAGCACAAAUAUGAUUGACCCCUAGUGGCAGAUCCUAACGCCAUCCUUUCCACUGUUUCUCAUAUAAAAUACACGCUGAGCACUGUUGGCUUCAAGCUGACACUGAGGUAAUAGAUUGUUUUUAUUUCUCAAAGUAGCAUCUUGCAUGAGACUUUCGUUAAUACCGUGAAUGUACCUGUGGGUGAUCUGUAGGGUUGCAACCGAGGCCGUGUAAAUACACCAGAGAUGGAGGAACUAGUAUGUAGCAUUGGAAGGUUCGAGUACGUGUGAAAGAUGGAAGUAAAAUACAGAAGUAUUGAACGGAAGAGAAGGGUUUUGGUGCAAGGUAGUAUACUGCCUUUACUGCAGUACUGUGGGAGAUGCUGAGGACCUUGCUCAAACACGGCAGGAAGUUAGGCACUGGAAAGCCAGUGAGAUUUACAGGGAAAUUGCAAGUAGGGAUUUGGCGGAAACGUGUUUGAAAGUACUAGUAUGUGGAGAAUUGAGGAAGGAUUUUAAAUGACUUGUGAUAUUUGCGCUUGUGGGUGAAUAGGAGUUUCCUGACUACUGCAGGAACACCCAAUACAAAAUGGGGGAUUGGUACAAGAAACUAACUAAUCAAUUCAAACUAACUAAUCAUUUGUUCUCCAUUUUAGGAUAAGACUGGGUGACGUAGCCACCAGCGGUGCUCCUCUCCGUGAAAGCGGGACCAAGUAAUUAACACCCAGUAAUUAACAUUUGCUUCCACCCUUUGAAAUCCUUACAGGUCGACACAUGAGGACUCCUGGUGAUUAAUGUAUUGGUGGGGAAUUGCAUGAAAUGAGCAACCGUUUAGGUGAAUAUUGCAUGCUUGUGUCCCAAGUGUCUUUCACAGGAUCACAGAACUGGACCUGACCCAGCUGAGGACAAAGAAGAAACAUGCCUGGUUGAACCUGGAGACAAGGUCCUGGUGAAAAACAUAAUCGGAUGACAUUUUAUCCAAAUUUGGUCUGGACCACACAUGCUCACGAUUCCAUCAGCUGCUUCCAGUGACUGGAACUCCAGUGUGGUUCCGCAUUAAAUAUUUAGGAAUAUACAAGGGUGAGACCCAACAUGGGGCACAAUAAUCCCCGUCUACCCUUAUAGCCCCUGGGGGCUAUCUCUCUCUAUGUGUCUCCAUUCAGACACAUAUUUCCAGGACAAGAUGUGCACCAACGCGGCAGGCGGAAGUUGAAUCUGGAUGAUGGCCUCACAAAGGACAUUUUUAAUGUUGUACAUUUUUGGUGUUUUGUUGUAAUGUUGUAUAUAGUCUGAAUGUGAAAGGUAGCCACUGGGUCCAUAGCGAAUGGCACAAUAUUGGUGGCAAAAGGAAGACUACCUUCUAACCAAACUACUCAAAGCCUAACAUUUGCACUACUGCACUAAUCCAACUGACACCUCUACCACUAUCUCUAUUCUAAUCACUCCUGAUGUCACCAGUAAACACCUCUGCUCCAGCACUUGAUAGCUGGGUGUUAAACCCUAAUAACAAAUGCAGCUAAAAGGCAACAAAUGAGACCCAAUGGCUAGAAGGUAGUAUUUGUGUGUAUUGUCACAUUGUAAGUAGAGGUGCCUGUACCUGGUAAUAGGCCUUGUACACGACACUUGUAGAAUUCUUUCUUUUGUUUUCUUACAUUAUUCAGUCGGCCUUACUCUUAUCAGUGGGUUCUCAUAUAUCAUGCAUACUACACUUUUAGAAUAUUGGUCAACCUCCUUUACUGUCCGCCAGUGCCGGCCAGCAGCAGAUGAGUUUCCCCUUGUGAGCCGGGUUCUGCUCAAGGUUUCUUCAUAUUAAAAUCUGGAAGUUUUUCCUUGCCACGGUUGCCAUAGGCGUGCCACAAGGGGAUUUUAGGCCUCGGUUCUAUAUGUAAGAGGUGUAACUGACUAAUUGACAAUACUGUUAUGAUUUCCUGUAAGCCAACCAAGUUGACCUUGCCAUAUGCUUUAUGUUGGGUCAAAAGAGAGGGACUGUUGGGAACAGACAGUUUUGUGUAUUCUAAGUCCCAGUUUGUGUAUUCUAAGUCCCGGAGGAAGGGCCACCCCCAUGACCAUAUAUGGGCCUCCAUUCCUGUCGGUUUCGAGGUUUCCCCUCCUGGGAAUUUCCACUGGGCCCCCCAUGACUAUUAUGAAUUUGAAUGGUCCAAUCAGAAGGAAGCACGGCCCCUUAUCACCAAUCAGACGCAGUACUCCCUUUCAACAAUAGAAUUCCACUAUAUGCAAAUAUCAAUCUACUGAGAACUGUAUAAAACGAAUUACCCACCAAUACCUUUUUGAACUUUCUCUCUGAGUUGUUCCCGUAGCCGGCUGCGUAAUAAAUCUUCCUGUUUUCACUACAAA